UAGUUUAGACGAAUUGUGUGUGUGUGUGUGUGUAACCAUUUUAGCUGUUAUUAUCAUUGUUGUUGUCGAUUUUUUUUUCUUUGUUGCCCAUCAAUAUUUUCAAUUCGCCAAUUUGCUCAAUUCACGACGCAAUUGUCAAACGUAUUGGUCUAAUUAAAAAAAAAAUAGUUUUUUCAUUCGUUCAAAUAAAUUAAUACAGAAUAGAAUUUCAUCACAUUGGAUUUUUUGUUGUUGUUGUUGUUUUGUUUUGGAUGAAAAUAAAAUCAUUAUUAUUAUUAUCGAACAACAUGGGCUUUCAUCAUCAUAAUAAUCAUCAUCAUUUUCAUCAUCAAAAUAAUUCCAAUUCUCAACAUAAUAUUAAUAAUAAUAAUAAUCAUCAUCGUUCAUCGAAUCAUCGAAUAAUGACAAAUUCGUUGAUUAAUAUGAACAAUAAUAAUAACAAUAGUAACAACAUUCAUAACAAUACAACAGUGGCCAUCAAUAAUAAUAAUAAUAAUAAUAAUAUUGGUUCGACAACAAAUAAUUGCCAAUUAUUGAUGCCAACAAUAUCGAAUUGUGCUGCAUGCCAUAAACCAAUACAAGAACGUUUUCUACUUAAAGCAUUGGAUCAAUUAUGGCAUGAAGAUUGUUUGAAAUGUUCUUGUUGUGAUUGUCGUCUUGGUGAAGUUGGUUCAACAUUAUUUACAAAAGCUAAUCUAAUAUUAUGUAAACGUGAUUAUCUAAGAUUAUUUGGUGCUACAGGAAUUUGUUCUGCAUGUAAUAAAAUUAUACCAGCAUUCGAAAUGGUCAUGAGAGUACAUGGUGAUCGAGUUUAUCAUCUUGAAUGUUUUCAAUGUAGCCAAUGUAAUCAUCGAUUCUGUAUUGGUGAUCGUUUUCAUCUUUAUGAUAAUCGAAUUCUUUGUGAAUAUGAUUUUGAAGAAAUGUUAGUGUUUGGUGGUGGUAAUAAUGGAAACAAUUCUACUGCUAUUAACAAUAGCAGCAAUAAAUUAUCUAUAAAUAAUAAUCAUUUAGAAAAAUUAGUUAAACAAACGGAAUCAACAUUGGCAUCAUUUUCAUCAUCAUCAUCAUCAUCAUCAACUACUGGUUUAUCGACUGCAGUAUCUAUUGCUGGAACAUCAACAACACAAUCAAAUCAUCAGCCACAAGCACAAUUAGCUCAAGUAGCUCGACAACCAAUAAAUCCAAUAAAUUCAAAUCAAGCCGAUGAUGGUUCCAGUGGUUAUGGAAGUCCAGAUUCAUUACUUAGUGAUGGAAGAUGAAUGAAUUUUUUUUUUUUGUUUUUUGUCAAUAAUAAAAUCCAAUUUGAAAUAAAAUCAAAAACCAUA